AACAACGAUCGGCAGGCAAUACGAGAGUACAAGACUGUCUAGGCUGCUGCAGCACCUAACGGAGACUCUGGAUUCUGUGGGGAUGAUUCGCUGCUACCGGGUAAUGGAGAAAUUUUGCGCCCGUUUCAGGCGACUCGUCAACGACUACACAGAAGCCUUCAACGCCUUCACUCUGUCAUACUCCUUCACCCGCCUCAUCGUGACCUUUUUUGGCGUGCUUGUUAUUUUCCUCGCCGUGAUAGUCGUUGUGGUGCCGAAUCAAGGAGACCCGCAAUCUGCAGCCACGGUUGGCCUGUCGCUUCUAUCAGCUUUGACGGUACCAUUUGCCAUGACGGGUGUCUUCAUGGUCCUAUUUUGGGCUGUUCUGGCUUUUGUGGCGCUGGAGCGUUCACUGGAAUACACGGAAUUACCUAUUGAAGAGGAUACUUCGUGCGACAUACUGCUCCCUUCGGGUAAACUAGACAUGCCGAACGCACGGCUCUUCCUGGAACCUUACGACGGUUUGUGGCCCAGUCAGGGUGUCGUGAAAUUCCAGAACUUCAGUGCAUCCUACCGGCCUGGCGUCGUAGAAGAUGCUCUAAAGGACAUCUGCUUCGAGGCAAACGCCGGAGAGAAGGUGGCUGUCGUGGGAAGAACAGGUGCUGGAAAGUCGUCACUUGUGCUAGCGCUUUUGCGAAUGAUUCAAAGGACAUCCGGUGCGAUCACUAUCGACGGCACAGAUAUCUACGAUGUGCCACUUAAGAGGCUGCGCUCGGCUAUAGCAAUCAUACCACAGGACCCAUCCUUGUUCUGCGGUACUCUACGCGAAACUUUGGAUCCUCAAGGUCGCAUGCCCGAUUCUGAGCUUUGGGGUGCCUUGCAGAAAGUGGGGCUCGAAGAAUUCACUAGGAGCAACCCCAGCGGCCUUUCUUUUCUAAUAGCAGAAAAGGCAGAAAACCUAAGUGCCGGCCAGAGACAGCUGGUGUCGUUCGCUCGGGCCUUGCUUCGAGGUACAAAGAUUCUAGUGCUCGAUGAAGCCACUUCACAGAUGGACCAGGAAACAGAUCGCCGGGUGCAGGCGACUCUUCGGGAAAGCUUUUCCCAUUGUACACUAAUCACCAUAGCACACCGCAUCGACACAAUUCUCGAUUAUGACCGAGUCGUCGUCAUGGGAGAUGGCAGAGUUAUAGAAUGUGGACACAUAUAUGACCUCCUGGCUGAUCGAGGCUCCACCUUUCGCAGCAUGGCCGCCGGUGCUGGAAUACCGUUGGAAUAA